AUGGCACAAUCUAACUCCCUGUUAGACACGCUGAGGUCCGUGAGCCGAGUCGACUUUGCCAAAGAGCUGGGUCCCUUUGUCGAUCACACCUCCAACCAGGCAAUCGCCUAUGGCGAGCUCACCAAGACAACCGCAGAUGGCAAGCUAUACCACGAGCAACUCAUCCGGGACUCCGUACAGGAUGCCCAGGACUGGGCUCACGCGGCCUGGCCAGACAUUGACCCGAUUCUUCUCGCAGUCGAGAUCAUGAUGGUCAGACUAUCACUCAAGUUCAUCCCGUAUUUGACAGGAUACUUCCACAUUCAGACCAACACAGACUGGUCCUAUUCGGUCGAGAAAACUGUCAAGAAUGCCGAAAGAAUUGUUGAGACCUUCAAGAAGGUGGAGCCCACAUUCGACGUGAACCGUGUCUGUAUCAAGAUUCCGUCCACCUACGAGGGCAUUGCUGCUUGCAGGAUCCUCGAGAAUAAGGGAAUUGCAACAUUGGCGACGACCAUGUUUUGCAUGGAGCAAGCGGCCCUGGCUGCCCAUGCCGGCUGCACCUACAUUGCGCCGUAUGUGAACGAACUAAAGGUUCACUUCGUCCCAGGUUAUGUGGACGAGAACAAGGCUUUCAACUUCUGCAGACAGGCGCAGGCUUACUAUGUCGAGACAAAGGCCAAGACCCAGGUCCUGGCAGCUAGUCUGACCACCGUUCCUGAGGUGAUGCAGUUGGCCGGCAUUCAGCACGUCACCGUCUCGCCGCCGCUCCUCCGGGCUCUUGCGGCAGCGCCGUCCUCAACUUGGACGGAGAAGGUCGGUGGCUAUUUCGCAGACGGGCCAGACGAGCGCUGGAUCAAGGACUUCCAGGCUGCCUUGAUAGACGAGAGCGAGUGGCGGUUUGCUUUUACUCGUAGCGGCAACGGCAGGUAUGAGGAGAAGCUUAUCCAGGCCAUCAAUAUCUUCUCCGAGAAGCAACAGAGCCUAGAGGAGCUGGCGCGAAGCUAUUUAUAG